CAUAGAGAGAGGUGCAGUGAACAGAUCAUUACCAUCGCAGUUUUCCUCUGUAAACAUCUCUCGGAAUUAAAUCGGCAAACUCUUGUGUUUCGCUUUCACGAAGUAUGAUGAUAUGAUACGCAGCGACGUGGAUGUUUUUGGGGCUUUUUUUUCGCGGAGUUUACCGACUCCUUGAAAAAGUGGAUUUUGCAAAUGUGAAUUUGGUGUAAAUUAAAGGUUUAAAGGAGGGCUCAGCCGCGAAGAGAGGAACGGAGGGAGUCGCUUCGGUAAAAAGUAGUGAGCGCGGACACUGAGCUCUCCAAACGGGAGUCAGUAUGCUGUCCGGAGGAGCCGCGGGCGGAGAGGAGCUCGGAACCGAUUCGGUUGAACAGCAUGUUAUGGGAAUGGCGUUGGAUCUGUACGUCCCGUCUAUUCCACCGAGCGCAUGAAGAACAAGAAGAGAGGGACAAAUGUUCAGUGUGCUUUAGGUAUACGGAUUAAAUCAUGUUUGAUAAGAUCUCUGGACCCAAAUGUCACAUCUUCUGGAAACAGCUUGGGCUGAGGCCCAUCAGCACUUGACAGCAGGCUGGGAGGUGGACGGUGUGGCUCAGUGCUUCAGCACUCUCUCAGUCACACCCUGCUUGGGCCCUACAGUGAGCGAGAGCAGUUCUGCAAUGAUCUGAUUCCUCAGCAUGGAUAGCUUAAGUGAGAGAACCCAUGCACUCUAAUGAGACCACCUCUCCAGACAAGGGCUAGAAAUUAUCAAGGGAUUACUCAAAUUCCUGGUUUAUCUGCGACCUGCAUGUUAAAAUAAUAUUUUAGAGGACUUAAUUUUGCUGGAUUUGUUACAUUUCCUUUUUACUCCCUCCAACCACUGAUUUUGUCUUGCAAUUUCCUUUCCCUCCCUUUAUUUUCCGUUAUGGAGUUUCAAGUUGGAUUUUGGAAUAACCAUUGUACUUCAUUUUUUCGCUUUUGGUUGACAGUAUUGUUGAGCUUGCAUGUGCAGUUCAGCCCCGUCUCAUCUUGUCCCAAGGAGUGCCGCUGUGAUAGAACAUUUGUUUACUGUAAUGAGAGGAGCCUGACGUCUGUGCCUCUGGGGGUGCAAGAGGGAUAUAAAACCCUCUUCCUCCACAACAAUCAGAUCAACAAUGCCGGCUUUCCAUUGGAGCUACACAAUGUUGCCUCUGUAGAAACUGUUUACCUAUAUGGAAAUCAGCUGGAUGAAUUUCCCCUCAACCUUCCCAGGAAUGUUCGAGUGCUGCACCUCCAGGAAAACAACAUCCAGACAAUAUCCAGGGCAGCACUUGCCCAGCUACCCAUGCUGGAGGAACUCCAUCUGGAUGACAACUCCAUCUCAACUGUAGGGGUAGAGGAGGGGGCUUUCAGGGAGGCUGUCAGCCUCAAGCUUCUUUUCCUUACCAAAAACCACCUGAGCAGCAUUCCUAUCGGAUUACCGGCAGAUCUCAAGGAGCUGCGUUUGGAUGAGAAUCGCAUUGCCGACAUUGACGAGGAUGCCUUCCAGAAUGUCACCACCCUGCAGCGACUUUUGCUGGAUGGGAACUUGCUUGAAGAUGAUGCCAUCGCUCCUGGAACCUUCCAGGACCUGGUCAACCUUAAAGAACUGUCCCUGGCACGAAACUCCCUCACUACUCCACCACCAUUGCUCCCUGGUGCAUCCCUGACCAAGCUCAACCUGCAGGAAAACCAGAUGGACACCAUUAAAGUGAUAGCCUUCAAUGGGCUUAGUAAACUGGAGAAGUUAGAUAUCUCCAGCAACCAGCUUCAGUUUCUUGCACCGGGUGUCUUUGAUGGCUUGAGAAACCUGAGGCACCUUAAUGCAAGAAACAACCUCUGGCGUUGUGAUUGCAGCAUUAAGUGGGUCAUUGCAUGGCUCAGGUCUCUGCCAUCUGCGAUAAAUGUCCGUGGCUUCACGUGCCAGAGUCCAGAAAGAGUGCGUGGCAUGGUGAUUCGAGAACUCACCUUAGAUGCCAUUGACUGCCCAGCAGGCACCGUGCUACAUCCCUGGCCAACCCAUUCAUAUCCAUCUACAUUGCCACCCCGCAGAACCACCACCAUCACCACGACCACCUCCAGAACCACCCACUUCACUACCAUUUCACCCUCUGCUUUUUACCCCGCCUCUGCCAACCCCACACCCCCAGUUCCACAUUUCCCUCCCGGUCCCCUGCCUCCUUACGAAGACCCCUUAAAAAUCUCCUUUCAUGUAGUUAAUUCUACCUGCAUUGAUGUGAGCUGGGAGUCUUACUUCACUGUGACGGCUUACAAAGUGACUUGGGUCAAGAUGGGGCAGAGUUUGAUGAGUGACAUCACUCGAGAAAGAACAGUCCCGGGAUACCAACGAAGGCUUAGCCUGUCAAAUUUAGAACGCAGGUCUAUCUACCGCAUCUGCGUGUAUGUUCUGGAUACUCUUAACACGUACAGACCAGGCGAGGAUACUAUCUGUUCUGAGGCUAAGACCAAAUCCACAUCCACAUACUCUGAAUCUGAGCAGGCUGCCCAGCAAGACAACACCUCCACACUCCUAUUGGCUGGAGUGAUAGGUGGGGCUGUAUUGGUGGUCUUGGUGACACUUCUAAGCUUGUUUUGCUGGCACAUGCACAAGAAAAGCAGGUCGUCAUCGUCCAAAUGGAAAUACAAUCGCGGCAGGAGAAAAGAUGACUACUGCGAGGCCGGGACCAAAAAGGAUAACUCCAUCCUGGAAAUGACUGAAACAAGCUUUCAGAUAGUGUCACUAAACAAUGAGCAGCUUUUAAAAGGGGACUUCAGAAUUCAGCCCAUCUACACACCUAAUGGAGGGAUUGGCCUCAGAGACUGUCACCUUAGUAACAACAGCAUAGCUUACUGCAAGAGCAGUAAUGUUCCCAGUGUGGACUUCUGCCACACAUGAUGCUUUUUGACGGAUGCUACAACCAUUUGUUCAAAGAAAAUGCAGUUCAAUAUACUGUAAAAUACACGUAUGUAUUAUAUAUAUAUAUAUAUAUAUAUAUAUAUUUCCAGGUGCAGUCAACAUGGUAAUUUAUACUGUGGACAAGUAUGUGGAAUUCUGCUCUAUUUUCUAUUCUUAGUAAAUAUGAAAUGGUUUUGUAAUAUGUGAGGCUCAAAGUGGUUUCGCUCAAGGACGCUGUAGAUGUUUUGUAUUAUCGAAGCACGUUGGCUACCUGCUGCAAGUGCAGUCCACAUGUUUUGCCUCUCAACCACUUUAAGAUCUUGAAAACGUUGCUAACCACACAACCAAAAUAUGCCAUUUGUGCUGAAAUACAGCUACCCCUUCACACAACAGUAGUUAAGAUAACACACUGGUCAGGAAACCAAAA